AUGAAAUACGUUUGCGUCUCUGGUGGUGUUAUUUCCGGUAUCGGUAAGGGUGUUCUUGCAUCGUCUACCGGUAUGCUGAUGAAGACAUACGGCCUCCGUGUUACUUCUAUCAAGAUCGAUCCUUACUUGAAUAUUGAUGCUGGUACGAUGUCUCCUUUGGAGCACGGAGAGUGCUAUGUGCUAGAUGAUGGUGGUGAGGUUGAUUUGGACUUGGGAAACUACGAGAGAUACCUCGGAAUUUCUCUCAACAGGCAGAACAACAUCACUACCGGUAAGAUUUACUCUACGGUGAUUAAAAGAGAGAGGAAAGGUGACUAUCUUGGUAAGACCGUCCAGGUCGUUCCACACAUCACGGACACGAUUCAGAACUGGAUCGAGAAGGUCGCCAAGAUCCCGGUUGACAACUCUGGUAUCGAGCCAGACGUGUGUAUUAUCGAAUUGGGAGGUACCGUUGGUGAUAUCGAGUCUGCCCCAUUCGUUGAGGCUCUCAGACAGUUCCAGUUCCGCGUGGGCCGUGAGAACUUCGCAUUGAUUCAUGUUUCACUGGUUCCAGUUGUCAGUGGAGAGCAGAAGACCAAACCAACGCAGGCUGCUAUCAAAGAGCUUAGAUCUCUUGGUUUGUACCCAGACAUGAUUGCCUGCCGUUGCAAGCAGAAGUUGGUGAAGAAGACCAUCGACAAGAUUGCCAUGUUCUGCCACGUGGGCCCAGAGCAGGUGUUGGCAGUGCACAACGUUUCUUCGACGUACCAUGUUCCAUUGCUCUUGAAGCAGGAGAAGGAGUUGGACUUUUUGGCAGAAAGAUUGCACUUGUCGGAGUUGAACAUCAGCGAUGAGAUGAAGAGCAAGGGGGAGAAGUUGCUCGAAGAUUGGACCCGCCUUACGACGCAGGAGGACCGGUCUUUCAAGAAGGUGACGAUCGCGAUUGUUGGAAAGUACACGAAUUUGCAUGACUCGUAUCUUUCCGUGAUCAAGUCCUUGGAGCACAGUGCCAUGCGUUGCUCCAGAAAGCUUGAGAUCGUCUGGGUUGAGUCGACGGACCUUGAGCCAGAGUGCGAGAUCAAGAACAAGGCCAACUUCCACAAGGCUUGGCAGGCCGUGUGUACCGCGGAUGGUAUUCUUGUUCCAGGAGGCUUUGGACACAGAGGUACCGAAGGUAUGAUUGCUGCCACCAAGUGGGCCAGGGAGAACAAGGUCCCAUUUUUGGGAGUCUGUCUCGGAUUGCAGAUUGCAGUCAUUGAGUUUGCCAGAAACGUUCUUGGCAAGGCCAGUGCCACAUCGCAGGAGUUUGACGAGAAUUCGGCCGAGGCUGACCGUGCCGUUGUGUACAUGCCUGAGAUAAGCAAGGAGACCAUGGGUGGAACCAUGAGAUUGGGAUCCAGAAAGACUGUUUUCCAGCCUGGAAGUGAGGACUCCGUCAUCAGAAAGCUGUACGGAGAUGCUGAGGUUAUCGAUGAGAGACACAGACACAGAUACGAGGUGAAUCCGGCCAUGUCCGAGGAGCUGGAGGAGAAAGGACUCAAGUUUGUGGGAAGAGACGAGACCGGUGAGAGAAUGGAGAUUUUCGAGCUUCAGGACCACCCAUUCUUUGUUGGAACCCAGUUCCACCCAGAGUACUUGUCCAAGGUGUUGGAUCCUUCUAGACCAUUCCUUGGUUUGGUUUCUGCUGCUGCUGGAAUCUUGGAUGAUGUGCUUUCUCAGGAUUUGUCCAGAAAGGAGAUCGACUUCUGA